AAUAAAUAGAGGUGUGUUUGAGUCAGGUACCAACAGUACCAGUACUCACCAGCACUGGCACCAUGCUCCGUGUAAGGCUCAGCUGCACACUGUUGCUGGCAGCGACCUGUUUGCUCAGCGGAGCAGAUGCUUCCAUGGAGAAAGCCGUCAGCUGUCACAUGGGCGGUGUCCAGAGGCUGAGCUGUGAAAAUGGAGUGAUCAGUGUGGUAGCAGCUCUGUACGGACGUGCAGACAGAGAGACCUGCAGUGAGGGCAGACCUCAACAACAGCUUAACAACACUGAGUGCUCUCAGCAGGGAACCGUGGACGUCCUCAGGAGGAGGUGUGAUGGGAAGAAAGUGUGUGAACUGAGCGUGACUGACGUCGAAAGUCCUGACCCUUGUGUCGACACCUACAAAUAUCUGGAGACCAGCUACACCUGCUUACCUGCAAGUCACCUGGUCACAUGCGAGCACUCGUUUGCACACCUGCACUGUGAUGAAGGGCAGGCUAUCCUCGUGUACGGGGCUCACUAUGGACGCCACGAUCAGACCACAUGCUCCUACAGAAUUCUGGCCUCUGAGGUCCAAAAUGUUUACUGCUCCCGUCCCACCAGCAAAGUCGCUGAGAGCUGCGACGGGAAGAGCAGCUGCACCAUCAGAGCGAGUAACUCGGUGUUUGGAGACCCCUGUGUUGGCACAUACAAAUACCUCGAGGUGGCUUACAUCUGCCAGUCAGAGCUUCACCACUCAGAGGCUGGACUAUGCUCUGCACCUCCAGCACUGAGCUGCAGCUGCAGCGUGGUUGGUGCCUGCAUGGAGCCAUCAAGAGAAACAGUACAAAUAGACCAGGUUCCUGUGCUCCACCAUCAGCUCUGCUCUAACAGCAUGCAGUGCUCCGGACUCAGCAGCACACUGUUGCUCGCAGCAACGUGUGUACUCAUGACUUCAGGCUUUUUGGCCCCAGGUGGACCUAUGGGCCCAGGUGGACCUAUGGCCCCAGGUGGACCUCUGGGCCCAGGUGGACCUCUGGGCCAGAGUGGACCUAUGGCCCCAGGUGGACCUACGGGCCCAGGUGGACCUAUGGCCCCAGGUGGACCUCUGGGCCCAGGUGGACCUCUGGGCCAGAGUGGACCUAUGGGCCCAUUCCCGCCGACCUUCAUGUCCACAGCGAGGGUGAUCACCUGUGACAGCCUUGACAAUGUGCAACGCCUGAGCUGUGAUAAUGGAGUGAUCAUCGUGCAGGCAGCUAUGUACGGGCGGACAGAUGCACAAAUCUGCAGUGAUGGCAUUCCUGCAGAUCAGCUUGCAAAUACACAGUGUUUCCAGAUAGACACUCUAAAAGACGUCAAGAGCAGGUGUGAUGGCAAGAAGGUGUGUGAAAUAAGUACAAACUCCUUCCGUACUUCUGAUCCGUGCUCCGGCAUUUACAAAUACUUGGACACCACCUACACCUGCUUCCCAGCAAUCCACAGUGUAACUUGUGACGAUUCGCUGGCAAACCUUCAGUGCGGUGAAGGACAGGUUUUACUCAUCCACGGAGCUGAUUACGGGCGCCGUGACUCGACCACAUGCUCUUUGAAUCUUCCAGCCUCUCAGCUCCAAAAUGUCCAAUGCUCAAAGCCCAUAAGCAAUUUAGCUGACAGCUGUAACGGGAAAAGCAACUGUACUGUCAAAGUGAGCAGCUCUGUGUUUGGAGACCCGUGUUUUGGCACCUACAAGUACCUGGAGAUGGCUUAUAGCUGUCACUUUGGUUUUCCAGAUCACUGAAUGGAGGAAAUCGCUGACAUCCAAAUAGCAUCAGCGUCUAUGUUCUUUGAAGAAAAUGUGCGAUGAAUCAAUUAUGAAUCAAAAAGAAAAAGAUCAUUCAACAUCCUGUGCAACGUCUGGUCAAAAAUACGAAGAUACUGAUUUUAUAUCAGAUUCUUUCCAGACCUGUUAAGUUGUGGUCUGUGGUGUCCAUAUACACUUGGCCUUUAAGACGUUUCAGAAAAUAAAUGAUUCUAAAUGUAAAACUGAUUUAACACUGAUUGUCUUAAAUGUUUUCUUCUUUUUCCCUUGUAUUCUUACGCCUGCUUCACUCUUAAAUUUGCCUUCAAUAUUAAAAUAAUGAAACGUA